AUGGAUACAACACAGACUGAAAAGGCCCUUGAACGGCAGCUUCAGGAGGUUACAACGCGUAUUUACAGUGCGGGACGUCUUGGAGAACGUCUUCUUAAUCAAAAAAAGAAAAUAGAAGAACAAUUGGAAGUGUUAGAAGGAGUUAAUCGAAUUCCAGAAAAUUUAAAAGCGAAAUUACAAGAACUUGAAAGAGAAUUUGAAGAAAUUAGGAAAGAAUCAAAUGAUUCAUGGUUAUUAUUAGGAUCUUUGGAUGAAGUGUCUACUUUGGAUCAGCAAAUUAAACCAAAUGUGCCACAAUUUAUAAGUAAUGGGACCAUAUCUCCUAUAAAACACGGACUAUCUAUGCGUAGACGUAAUAAUAAACCAAUAUCUCGACCUCACGAUAUUGAAUUUGCAACUGAAAUUGGACAAAGUUUGUUAACAGAAGUUCGAAGGCUUCAAGGAUUAUUAAAUGAAAGAGAAGAACAAUGGAGGGCUAUUAUACGUGAAAAGGGAUAUAUAGAGCAUGAGAUGGAGGGUUUAGAAGCAAAACUUAAGACUCUGGGAGAAUCAGAAGAAAAAUACAAAGAAGAAAACUGGAAUCUGGAGCUUAUGACACAAGAAAUGGCAAAAGAAAUAUCAAGGCUAUCAACAUCGGAAACUCGAAUAAUGCAAGAAAAUGCACGACUUUUGAAAAUAACGCAAACACAAAUAGAGACAAUUGAAACUUUAAAACAAAGAGAAAUGGAAUUAACAGAGAUACUAGAGCAAUUGAGAAUAAAACAUGAAUCGGAGAUAACGAGUUUUCGAAAAGCACAAGAAGAAUUAUUAGAAGAACGUUAUGAAUGGAUAAGACAAGUGGAAGAAUUGAAAGCAGAACGAUUAGCUUUAUUUGAAACAAAUGAUUAUCAUUACAAAGAUAUAAAGAAAGAAGAAGAAUGGGCGAAGGAUGAUGAGGAAAUAAUUUCUGAAAUAAUAACACCGGAACGACUUUCUCCUCAAUCACCAAUCAAAUGCACUCCUUCAAGAAAUGUGCCCUUAGAAGUAGAAACAAUAAAAGCCUCUUUUUCACAUGCACAAAGGACAAUUCAUAGAUUAAGGAAUGCAGUUCAGCAUGAAAAAACUGAAAAAAUAGAAUUAAGACAUCUUUUAAAUGAGGCUCUUGAAAAACUCGAAAAAUUAGAGAGAGAAAGCGCAAAAAUAUCGAAAAGAAGGUCAUCUAGAAAGUCACAAUAUAGUACAAUGAUAAAUCCUUAUGAAUAUAAAGAGGUAACGAAUGAAAUCACAAUUGAAUCAGACUCAGAAUGGAAAAAUGAGUAUGACGCAUCAAGAAUAACAAUUAAUACACCAGAUAGUACAGAAUGUCUUAGAAGAAAUUCUUAUGUAGAAGAGAAAAGGGAUUCUAGAGAUUUAGAAGAUAAAAUAUCUAAUCAUACCAAAAAGACACAUCUAGAUAAUAGUGAUAUUUCUCAAGAUUCUGAUAAUGAAAUCGAUACAAAUAAAAGGAACGAAUACCUAUAUUCUAGAAAAAAAAAGGAAUUUUCAUUGGAUGCAUCUCGGAAAAUUCAGCCUUUAUUUAAAGAAUUACAAAUCUUUAGUCAAAAUAACUAUGUAGAAACUGCUGAUAUUGGAACAAUGACGGAUGAAGCAUCUGAUAUUAUGAAAAUUAGAAAUUUCCUCUUUAACUUAAACACUAUUGUAGCUGAAAAGAAACCCGUAUCAUUUGUUUUAAAUGAAAAUGGGAUUUUACAACCAAACGACAAUUCCUUGAUAAAUAUUGAAUCAAAUAACCCUGAUACCGUUCCAUCUACGAAUCUGUCCAAGGAAAUAAAUAAAAUUGAUGCAACUGAAAAUAACAUUGAACUGCAAUCAAAACCAUUCUCUUUCAGUUCUUUAGUAUCUGUUUUCAAACUUAGAAAAAAGAAAAGCACUCAAAUGCCUUCUAUUUUUGAGAUAAACAAAAAUACUUCUAAUCUUACUUUAAAUAAAUUGAAUUAUAAUGAUACUCUUUUAAAUAAUUCUCAAUUAAAUUCAAAUUUAACAAAUGAUAUUAAACAAGAAGAUAAAUCUAAUGUAAUACUGAACAACGACAAUUCCAAUGCUAUUCUGGAAAAUAAGAGAGAUAAUUUUUCAAAUUCCAAAAUGUUAUUCAAUGAUCAAGAAGCAACACUUCUAACAUCAUCUUCUAAGUUUUCAGAAAAUACAACCGAUCAGUCUUUACAAAUAGGGCCUUUAAAACCUCAAAAUAGAUCCGAGAUUUUGAAAAAAUUAAAUACAAGUUCAAGUUCUCAAAUAGAAUUAAAUAAAGAUAAAUAUCAUACUUUCAAUAAAAUGACUCAUAUGAAAAAACCAUCGUUUGAAUUCCUAUUACAUGAUCCUGCUUCAAAGAAACCAAAUACAUCUUUAUCUACAUCAACAGACAAGGAAACUACAUACGGAACCAUUACUAUUUUUAAUUCUGUUUUGGCUUCUAAAGGCUCUCUUAUAAAUACUAGUGUAAAAUCAUCUUCUAGUUCGUUUUCUUCUACAAGAAAUAUUGAAAACUUUCAAUCACAAACCAAUGGACAUAGAGUUUCCACAAAUACUCAACCUUCUAUAGACCCGCAAAUCAUUCGCUGUAUUACACAAACUAUGAUUGGCGAAUAUUUAUGGAAAUAUACUCGCAAACAUGCACGGAAGGAAUUAUCACAUAAUCGUCAUUUGAGAUUUUUUUGGGUUCAUCCUUAUUCACGAUCACUAUACUGGUGUAAACGAAAUCCUUCUACUUCUUAUGGGCAAGAAUCAUAUGCAAAGUCUGCUUUUAUUGAAUCAGUAAGAGUCGUUUAUGAUAACAAUAACUAUCCAAAAGGAAUACAUAAUAAAAGCAUUGUUGUUAUUACUCCAACUCGUGCAAUUAAAUUUACUGCUGGAUUGUCUACUAGCCAUGAGCUUUGGUACCAAGCAUUGUCUUAUUUGACUUCUCAAAUCAAUCCUCUCACAGAAAUUUCUUCAAAUACAGUCGAAUCAAUUGAAACAAAACGUCAUAAUUUGACUUCACAACAAACUACUGAUGACUUGGAUCCAUUAUUUAAACAAUCAAGAGAUUCUUCAUCAACGUUUGUCACUAGUUCAAAUAAGUCAUCCUCUGAAAGGAAGACAUCUCUUCAAAGACACGCUUCUUUGCCUAAAUUAAAUCAAAUAAUUCGAUCAGGUAUUAAUUCUUAUUCAUCUAUGAGAAUUAAAAAAUUGCCUUCUAAAGGUUAUCUACUUUCUGAAGAAUCACAUUUAGAAGAAAAAUAUAAAAAAAUUAAUUCAAUUAUGAGACAAACAAACAUGGAAAAUGUUCGAGCCUGUUGCAAUGGAAAACACGAUGUUGGUUCAUUAUCAUAUAGAUCUAGGAGUUUUAGUAGUGAAUCUCGUCAAAGUCGUUCACCAUCCAGAGGUUAUCAUGUUAAUUUAAAUACCUCUAUAAAUCAUUAA